AUGGAGAGUGCCUCAUCACGACUGAGCCCAUCCUCUUGGGAGCGCCGACAGGCAUGGGCCAAUCAGUACUGCACACGGCCCAGGAUGGUUAUAGAAGAGGAGACAUCCAGCGGCCCCCAAGAAGCGCCUGAGCUACGGUCCUCUUUGGAAGAUGCGUUCUUGCAAGGAAAUACGUCCAGUAAGAUCGAGAGCUGGCUGGACCAAUGCAGCUCUUCUGGAGAUCCUUUCAUGGACAGCCUGUCUGCUCAGGGCACCUUUGGAUCUUGGAGCAACAGAACUAGCUUUGAAGAUGACCUUACUCUGGGAGCAGAAGCCACAUUGCUACCACACAAAGACAUAGCCGAGUCCAGACCCUGCAAAGGUGCGUCCUGGUCUGAUCUACACCUCAAUCUGGACCACAGCCUACCUUCCAGUACUUUCUCAGGCAGCACUAACAAAACCAGCUCCAGUAUCUCAGAGGUGCUGGAGCAAUGUGAGGUGGAUGCUGAGACCGUCCUCUCCAACCUGGGCUUCGUACAAGAGGAGGCCCCUGCUGGAUCGUGGAUCCCAGCUCGGUUCUUUGCCAUUCCAUCCCAGGCCCAAGGCAUUGACUUCCAGCUGUUCCUAAGAGCCCAGGUACAGCGGCUGGAGAUGGAGGAUCCUUAUCUGAUGCUAGCGAGUCGGUUCAAGCAGGUCCAGACCCUGGCCAUAACAGCCGACGCAUUCUUCUGCCUUUACUCCUACGUUUCUAAGACCCCGAUCCAGAAGAUUUCCCCUGCCCAUCUGUUCUCUGCCUUCCCGGACAUCCCAGAUUCCUGGCAUGUUCCCUCCAAGCCAGAGGCCGAAUCUCCUCUACAGCGCCUGAGGAAAGCCAUUUCAAGAAUGUGCUUGUACACUUUGCCUCAAGAGGGAGGGACCUUGGGGCCAUCGAAAAAGCCAUCUCGUAUGAGCCGCUUGGAGCAGGUAGUGUGGGAAGUGAUAGACAAGGCUCGCAGAAACAGAUUCCAUCUUGAAAUGGAAAAUGGAAAGGAAGAGGCUCACGCAGCGUGUAGCGGAGGCCCCUUCGUCCAAAGCAGAAUGAGAAGGGCCUCUUCUAUGUCCACCAUAGUGGAGACCACUCCUGUGACUUCCUGCAUCCAUUCUAAAGCUCCUGGUCAUUCUGGGGAAAAGAGGUUUUUUCUGCGAGCUGCUUCCUUGUCGGGUUUGGCACCAGGACCUUUUCGCGGCCCAGAUGCUGCACGUAUGGAGGGGUCAGACCAUCUGGGCUAUCAAGAACGAUACUGUUUUGGGAGGCGUUCUCCAAAGAAGGCUUCUUCACCAGAGGAGAGCAGGGAAGAAUCAGAAGGAAACUAG